AAGACCAUCAUCAGGAUUCUAUAGAAACCCAACAUAAUUACAGUUUAACAGUUUGUUUUUUUUAAUUAUUCAGUCAAGCUGACUAAGACUGAUCUGCUAAUUACACCAUUCAGAGGAGUUCAUGGUGCUUGACGGGAAGAGUUAGCCUGUGUCCUAAAAAGGGUUUCUAUUGAUUAUAACGUUUCCACUCAGAGCUCCACAUAAAACCCAGAUCAAUUUAUGACUCAAACCCUUUCAAAUAUAUAUAUAUAUUCACAUGCUUUAAUUUAGCUCACGCGUUGUCACAUAACCACAAAUAUCAGAGGAUUUUAUGUGAUGAACAUAGUACAAAAUAGUCAAGUGGAAGGGAAAAGAUGCACAGUUUGCAUUUGUUUCUUUCUUUACAAAUACCCCCCACCCCCAAAUAAAAAGAGAUUUGAAACUAUAAAAGUACAGCGAUGUGGCUUAGGGGGGUUGAAUACAAAUCACGCCACGCUUUUCACAUUUUUUGUGGAUGUAAAGAAAACUUAAAAAGAUGUACAGACGGCGCCAUUCCUUCCUGGCCUGACAAAUAAAAUCCCGACAAGAAAACUAAAGCUUGUGUUUGUUGCGAGACAAAAUGCACAAAACUUCAGAAAACUGACGUAGACGGACCCAGGCGCUGUGUCGUGAUCAGGUUGCGCUGCUCCAGACUAAUCUGCAGGUAUUUUCAGUCCUAAUUUGUCCACUUUCACACAUGUUCUCCAACAGCUUAUCCACGAAACCCACACCUUCCUCUUAAGCUGUGACCUCUUGCCUCACAUUUCUUUCAAGGACGACAGAUUCAUUUUGACCCCUUAAAACGUCAGAAGGGGUGACGUCCUCAUACCUCUCACACACACACGCUCCACGAUGGCGUGGCUCCAGCAGCCCAUCAGAAACGGAUCAAUUAGCGUCGUUUCCACCCCAUUUUCUACAGACGGAUCAUCAUCAUCCGCCCACCUUGGCUCUGAUUUGACGAAUGUCCUGUGUCACGAUAAACCUCACCCAGCCUCCCUAUAUAAGAAACAGAAACUUUUCCAAGAUUUCAGCAAAAACAAAGUGUCCGCAGACGAAGGAGCAGACCUGUAGAAACGCUAUUUUCUUGUGCGUAAAAAUAAAAAAAAUAAUAAAAACUCACCCCCAAAAAGUGCCAAAACCGUCCUGGAGAUGAAGAAGUCCGUCAGGUUCGCCGUGGUGUGCGUCGGAGUGUCUCUGCUCAUCUCCUGCCAGUCCGUCGAAGCCUGGUACAAGCAGGUGACCGGACCCAGCUAUUACUCUGUGGGCCGCGCCUCCGGGCUGCUGUCCGGCAUCAGGAGGUCUCCGACCGUCCGGAGAGCUGAGUCCGAGGAGACGGUGAUGGACAGCGGGGAGGCGGCGGGAAACAACUUGAUCCAAGAGACCAACAAGCAAAUCUCCGUCCUGAAGAACAUGGCCAUCUGCCUGAAGGACAUCUCUCCAAACCUGAAGAGCUGCGAGCUGCUGCAGGACGGGACGGGAACCUUCCAGUGCAAGGCAGAUGUCUUCCUCACCCUGGACUCCUUGGACUGCCUGUCCGCAUGAGUCUCCGUGAAUCCUCCUCAUCAUCCUCCCCCCCAAAAAGAGAAAGAAAACAGACAGAAAGAGAGAGAAAAACCAGAUAUUUUAUCUGGAAAAGCAGAAAAAAAUCAAAACAGAGAUGAGGGAUGGAUGGAGAUUUUGCUUUGAUGACGGACCGUUGCAGACUUUGAAUGUUUUCUCUUAUUUAAAGAAAAAUGCUUAAAAAAAAAAACAUUGUUCAGUUUUGCUUUUGGUUGCAAAGAAAAAAAAAAUGAAAACAGGGGCAAAAAAACACAAUGCCAGACAGUUUAGAUAAAGCCAUUUUCAUUCCAACCCCUUUGCAUAAUAUCGAAAUGUUCAAAAAUGUCCAGAGGUUUAUCUGCAGUUUUCCAGAAUUUCUGUAAAUUACUUUUAUUUAUUUAUCUAUUAAAAUGAACAAACAAACAAUAUUAACCUGCUGUUGUCUGA